AUGGCUGGAAGGUUGGUAGGGGUAUCACAGGAUGCUCAGGGUAACCCGGCAUAUAGGCUUACACUGCAGACUAGGGAGCAGCAUAUCAGGCUUAAUAAGGCGACCUCCAACGUAUGUACAGCCCAGGCACUCCUGGCUAAUAUGAGUGCAAUGUAUGCUGUUUACCAUGGACCAUCGGGCUUAACUCGUAUUGCUAGUAGAGUGCAUGCUCUUGGUCAACUCCUUGUCGAUGGACUCCAACGUAUGGAGGUGCCGGUCGUCACCUCCGACAUGUUUUUUGACUGUGUGUCAAUGAAGCCUGGAUCGCCUGAGGCAGCUUCCAGGAUUAUGAAGGCAGCAGUGGCAGCGGGUAUGAAUCUAAGAUUGGUCGAUCCAGCUACAGUGUCGGCUACCUUUGAUGAGACACAUACUGUAAAGGACGUAGAAGCUCUAUUGCAGGUCAUUGCUACCGCUAUUGGCACUGAGUCCACCGAGGGGGAUAGGCAUUCCACAGAGGCUGACCUAGGCCUUAUACCCAAACCAUUGCGGCGUAUUACACCGUAUAUGUCACAGAAGAUAUUCAACAGUAUAGUCACUGAGACUGACCUCAUGCGGUAUCUUUAUUACCUACAAAACAAG